AUGGCGACUGCUAACAAGAUUUCCGAUCCCACCGAUGCGGACGCGUCUGGAGAAAAGGCCUCUUGGCCUCAGAACUCCGAUUCGUCUUCUGCCAGGAUCGAAACGGUGGAAGAUGCAUCCCAUGUAUACCGCGCAUCCGUCGACAAAGCAACCGAGCGGGCCGUCUUGAGAAAGUUGGACUACCGCAUAGUACCCAUGGUGAUGUGGGUUUAUCUCAUGAACAUGAUGGAUCGAGGGAACGCUCGGCUUUUUGGCCUGGAAGAUGACUUGAACUUGGGUAAGGGCCAGUUUCAGCUGGCAGUGUCUGUUCUGUUCGUCACUUACUGCCUGUUCGAGGCCCCAUCCAACAUGAUUAUCAAACGACUCCAGCCUGCCCGCUAUCUUGCCGGCCUUACCAUCGCCUGGGGGUUUGUCGCGACGUUCAGCGCGUUUGUAAACAACUUUGCGUCCCUCGUCGCUUGCCGUCUGUUGCUUGGACUCUUCGAAGCUGGUUUCUUUCCCGGCGUUGUCCUCUACCUAUCCAUGUUCUACAGCCGCCGCAGCCUGGCUUUGCGCAUUGCCUAUUUCUACGGGACAGCUGCUGCUUCUGGUGUUGCUGGUGGCCUUGUAGCGUAUGGCAUCAGCUUCAUGGACGGAGAUCAUGGAUGGCGCGCCUGGAGGUGGAUCAUUCUUAUAAACGGGCUCCCGACCAUUGUCACAGGCAUCAUCAUUCCAUUCGUCUUGCCCAACAGCCCGGAAACCGCCAAGUUCCUUACCGAUGAGGACAAGGUCAACUUGGUUCGCAUCCACGAAUCCGAAGUCGGCAGUGCCAGAAAUCUACGCGAGAUGGAGUGGUCUGACGUCAAAGAUGGUCUCAAGGACUGGACCACGUGGGCAUAUUGCUUCGCGCUGUUUCCGAUGCUCACGAUGCUCUACUCGUUUGUGGUGUUCCUCCCGACCAUCAUCCAUGACCUGGGACAAUGGACCGCUACGGAGGUGCAGGCCAUGACUGUCCCGGUCUACGCAGUUGGUGCCAUCGUCUACAUCACCUGCGCUCGUUUAAGCGACCUCACGCAGCGCCGAGGAUACUUUAUCAUGGGAUCUAUCGUGUCAUCUAUGGCCGGAUACGGCAUGCUUAUUGCAGAAAAGGGGUCGGCCGUUUCGUACGCUGGCACCUUCUUCGUGUCGAUCGGCAUAUUUGUUUCGGCAGGCAUCUCUUUUGCCUGGGUUCCGACCAACAACCCACGCUAUGGUAAAAGGGCGAUCUCCACAGGCUUACAUCUGACAAUCGGCAACUCCUCUGGGGUCGCUUCUCCUUUUCUCUUUCAGGGCUCCUUCGUUCCGGGAUACGCUGCCAGCAUAGGAAUGCUAGGUUUCUCCCUCUGUCUCAACGUUUUGCUCCACUUGCACUUCAAGAGGCAGAACAGACUUCGGAAUGAAGGGAAGUUUGACUACCUGUUGGAAGGCAAAACAGAGGAGGAAAUUGAGGCCAUGGGAGAGAAAAGCCCCAGGUUUCGCUUUGCCACCUGA